UACAAUUGGCCUGAUGAAUCCUUUGAAGAAAUGGAUAGUACAUUGGCUGGUUAGCAGUAUAUUCAGCAGAACAUAAGGGCAGACUGUUCCAACAUUGAUAAGAUCCUUGAACCUCCUGAAGGCCAGGAUGAAGGUGUAUGGAAGUAUGAACAUUUAAGGCAAUUCUGCCUUGAGCUCAAUGGACUAGCUGUCAAGCUUCAGAGUGAAUGUCACCCAGACACAUGUACUCAGAUGACAGCAACUGAACAGUGGAUUUUUCUUUGUGCAGCUCAUAAAACUCCCAAAGAGUGUCCUGCUAUAGACUACACCAGACACACACUUGAUGGAGCUGCAUGUCUUCUGAAUAGCAAUAAAUAUUUCCCCAGCAGGGUUAGCAUAAAGGAAUCCUCUGUAGCCAAACUAGGAUCAGUGUGCCGAAGGAUUUACAGAAUAUUUUCACACGCUUAUUUUCAUCACCGGCAGAUAUUUGAUGAAUACGAAAAUGAAACCUUCUUGUGUCACCGGUUCACUAAGUUUGUGAUGAAGUAUAACCUGAUGUCCAAGGAUAACCUGAUUGUACCGAUUUUGGAAGAGGAAGUGCAAAAUUCAGUGUCAGGGGAGAGUGAGGCAUGAUGGGAAUGGCAGUACAGAAGCCUGUACUGAAGAUAAGGAAAACAUUAAUUAUGUACUGUAUAUAUCAUUUUAGACACUUCAAUCAUGUAUCCUCCUAGCUUGGUUUAGUAUACUUUUUGUAUGCUGUGUGCAUUGCCUUUUAAUAUGGGAAAUACUUUAAGUUAUUCAUGAGCUGUAUAUUCAUCAAUGUGGCACUCAUGGGUUUUAAAUAAAAGUAGUAGUAUCUGUUUAUAAUGCCUGUUAAUAAAAGAAUUUACAGUUCUCUAAAA